AUGCGUUCGCUACUCGCACUGCUCUUGUUCCUAGCCUUGGCGGCAGGUUCAUCCCUGGAUUUUGAUCGUUAUUGGAGCACCGAAGAGAUUCGCAACUAUCUGAAUGAACUGGCAGCCGAUUUUCCGACCUACGUCAGCAUCAGCUCGUUCGGCAUCACCAGCGAGAACCGACAGAUUUGGGGCCUGAACAUCAACAAAAACUUCGACCUCAACCGGCCGUUGGUCAUCGUUGAGAGUGGAAUGCGCGCUCGUGAAUGGGUUUCGCCAAUGGCGGCAUGUUCCAUCAUGCACGAGUUGGUCGAGCAUCACUACGAGUUUGAGGAGCUGCUGGAUCGUGUGAACUUUUUGAUUAUCCCACUGGCCAACCCGGACGGGUACGAGUACUCCCGCACUACUAACCGGGCGUGGAUCAAGUCACGCACACCCAACGGAAACGGAUGCUUCGGAACCGACCUGAACCGCAACUUUGGGUACCUGUGGAACACCGUCGGUGGCAGCACGUAUCCCUGCGCGGAUGAGUACAUCGGAGCGGGUGCCUUCUCCGCUCCCGAGACCACUGCCCUGCGUAACAUGCUUCAGAGCAACAGCAACAGGCUAGCCUUGUAUCUCAGCAUUCAGGCGGCAGGACAGAUGGUGUUGUACCCUUACGGGCACAGUGCCAUGACUAACCCGGGCAACGUGGCCCAACUUCGAAACCUUGCCAACGACGUGGCCCGUACGCUGAUGAACCAGAACGGGAAAAUCUUCACGGCCGGUGGUGCUGGGCUACUGCAGCCACCUGCCUCCGGGAGCAGCAUCGACUACGUGGCCGGAACCAGCCACACGGACCUGGUGUUUACGAUCAGGACCCGCAGCGGUGGUAACCACGGUUACGAUAUACCGGAAGCGGAACUGGCCGAAGUGCUCAGCGAGACAACCCACGGAUUCUUGACACUGGCAGAGUACGUGGCAGGUCAGAGACGCCUGAAUGCGGUAUAA